UUGGUGAGAAAACAACCAACCCAUCACAUAGGAAUAAAUCCUGCCUGCCAUCCAGAGCACGAAACAGUCCUCAUGAAUCCCAGAAGGAACUCGUGAAAUCCAUCACAACGUACGGGAGUGUGGUUCUGGUUUUAUCUACUCAAGAAUUGCCAAGAUCAUUUUUUUUGGCACGGUUUGUUUAAUUUCCCUACGAUCACACAAAUUGACAGCCGGUGCGCGUGCGCGAAAGGUGAACCGCUGUCCGGGCGUGACCGCGGGCGUCGCCGUGUCCGUGAUAUCAUAAUGGCGUCACCUUAGGCAGCUAACAUCUCCUAUUUCUACGAGAUUGUUCAGCCACAGGAUUUAUGACCAGGGAAGGGGCGACAAGAUUUUUGGAGUCUGCUGCGAGGGAUUAGUUAUGCCAAGGUCGUUUUUGAUUAAGAAGAAUUCCUUGGCUAAACGCAGAGUGUCAGAAGAUCAGCACGAUGUCGAAACAGAGAGUGACGAAUGCCCUGAAAGCGAUGGAAUAAAAAGGAAGACGAUUCUGGAACCCAGGAAAGAUUCUCCCGGCGUAGCAGCAAUCCAAAGCAGCCCCCCUUCACAGAACUACUCGAUAACCCUUCUUUCCCCGCCAGUCUACACACCUACUUACAGCUACCAUCCCAACUUGGACACGCGAGGUUUGCAUACAUUAGCAGAAUUAUGCCUGAGACGUGCGGAUUAUAACCCGGCUCUAAGAAGUACAGAUUCCGCUAGCCAGGUUACGGAUACUGCAGGCUCUGGAUAUGUAAGCACUGGCGUUAAGAGAGAGCAUGAUUACUCGCCUCUGGAGUCUGGGGGCGAGGCGUACGUGGAUGAGAGAGAUGAGGAGAAGAUUAUUGAUGUUGUUGGGGAAGAAACUAAGGAAACCGCAAGCGGAAAGGCGAAGAAUGCAAGAUUAGAAAGACUUGACGAUGAGCUGGAGAAAAUGCUGCAAGGAAAUGAUGAGAUUAUCAGUAGAGAAAUUAGAGAAUUUCUAGAAAAUAAUCGCACAUCAGCGAAGGAAGCAGCGCGUGUGUCAGAUCUGACCCAGCAAGAAAUCACGAGGUUCCUGAAUGAAGGUCUUGACAUCAAGGUCGAGAAGAAGAGCAAGUUUUACCGAUGGUACUUGAAGAAGAAACUCAGUACAAUGGACCCUGAUGACGAGAGCUUUACCUGUUACAAGUGUGGCAAGAUUUUUGCAUACCAGAGUUAUCUGGACCGCCAUGUCAAGUACGUCUGUCCGGACAAGACCGGACGGACAUGGAAAUGCUCCUUUUGCAGCAAGGCGUUUCAAUAUCCGUGCUAUCUACGGCGACAUAUGAGGUCUCACACUGGUGAAAGUCCAUACAAAUGCACGCAGUGUUCACGUGCAUUCGUGCGCUCCACUGACCUACAACGACAUCUGCGAAAUCACACCGGGGAAAAACCAUACAAGUGCAAGGAAUGUUCUCGUGCUUUCGCGCGUUCAACAGAUCUAAAGCGUCACAUGCGCACACAUACGGGUGAGAAGCCCUACAAGUGUUGGCAAUGCUCAAAGGCUUUCUCCCAAUCAGGAAGCCUGCAAACUCAUUUGCAUACACAUUAUAAAGAGACUCUGCAGAUGAAAGGAGUUAUACCGGACAGCGGUAAAGCCCAUAAAUCUUGAGCAACUGAAGAAACGAGGGUGUAAGUUAUCAGCGAAUGCUUAAUAAGCGCAUGCUUAAAGGCUGGGCAGCCUUUAAGUUGAGUUUUAGCUUCUAUGUCUGGAAUUAUGUCAGGCUUGACAGCUCGAGGAAAAGGCAAUGAUACUCUUGCUGCAAGUUUGCAAAGGCGCCAAGGUCUGUAUUGCCGGCUUGAAAUGCAAUUCUACGAUAUCUUGUCUGCAAAGUUCCUAAAUUAUGAAGAGAAGUUUAUUGGUCUGGUAAGACACAAACGUUGAAAAAAAAACCACUGUAAAUUUAUUAACCAUAUUGGUUAUAGUGCAGUAAUUAUGACCUUAGUAUAAGCGAUGAUCAAAAGAUGACCACAAAAGGCCAAGAAAUGUUUAGUGUAUUAGUGUAGCCACUGUAAACCUCACUUACUGGCUCUUGUAUUGCCUAGCUUAACCAUGCAACCAAUCUUAUGUAGCCAAACCUUUUGUAAUGAUUUCAUUUGUGAAACCUCACGCAUAGCUAGAACCCGCACCCAUGGGUGGCUUUAUUAGCGUAUGAAAACACACUGGUAGUCGAUAACUAUAUUUAUAUAAUGAACUGUAUCAGUUUAGAAUUGAUCGAUAGUCAGUUUAAUUAGUUUUAACGUCGCCUAAGCUUAGAUAGUCGCACUUUUCUGGGUUGGUUGAGGUCCGACCAUAGGGCGAAUACACAGUAAACGUGGGGUCAAGGCUCUCAAUUAAAUUAAUGAGCGCAAUGAACGGCGUGCUAGUGUCACAUUAUCUGUCAAACUUUUCUAGAACGGCAUUAUAAUGCGACUCUGGCACGGCGUUCAAUCUAGACCUUAUGAUCACAGCAAAUAGGAAGUGUUGGUAGGUAGUGGAUGAUUAUAUAGAGAAAAUGGAUAGUCGGUUGAUUAGUUAUCUGAGACUGAAGCUCCCUUCUGAUGCUUCAAAAGCCCCAUCUUAUAUUUAUUCAAGCAUCAUUCUGCUGACAUUUUCCACUUGAAAUAUCGGAUCUGAGGUAAAAGAGCAUUUAAAUUAACCCUUAGGGUAUGCUUCUACAAAUUUUUGUUAUAUUAUUUUUGUAAUUGUACAUACAUAUAUUGGUAUAUCAAUUCAUAUUGCAUUAUUUUUGCUAUUUUGUACUUCGUUUAAAUCUCCCUUUGCUCAAGGAUCCAGCUUUUCCAACUUCUUUAUACAGCCGCAAAAAAAAACCUUCAUGCGCAAGAAAUACGCACAAAGACCGCUUGGUCAAGGUUAAUGCCAAAUGCGUUUUUGUCCUUUAAAAUGUGAUCAUUAAUAAAAAAUAACUAAUAAAAAAGGCUAAACGUUAUUUCACAACGUAUGCAUAUACAUACCAAGUGCCAUUCAGGCAUUGUAAUCAUAAAGUUAUAAUGAUAUCCAUGUUAGUAAACUGUCAUGUUGGUGGCAAUUCUAUGUGUAGGGUUGCGGAGGUUGCAACCAAUUUCGUUUAAUUCGUGUAACAACCAUAAACCUAUCGACUUCAUCCAGCACAACACCUUCCACACCCUUUCCUCAAUGUCAUACCCUGACUCAUGGAUUUGUUACCAUGCCCAAUUCCGAGCCGACUUAACAGAAUGCGCUUCAAGGUAAUUCCCUUGAAAAAGUUCUACUAUCCAGUUUUUUUAAAACUUGGCAGAAACAAUAUUGAAGUUAAGAGCUUUUAAAAAGUGUAAAAAAUGGGGGUAACCGACCUCGCUCUUCUGUCAAAGCGUUUUUAAGUAAACACGCGCGCCUUUCGCUUUGUUUUCUUUUUUAACUGUGGCGCGCGCGCACUUAAUACCGGAAAAACCGAACAAACAGCGCGCGCCACUAUGCGCAGAAGGGGUGCGCAGUGCAAUUCGAGGGAAUUAUCUUUACAAAGAUUUGUCAUAAAUGGCGGGAAAAGUGGCGCAUCGCUACUUAGCUCAAUCAAUAUUCAGGCAAGGUCAAUUCUAAAAGAAUUUCAAACCAAAUCACAUAAUGUUUAUACGUUGCAUUUUGACAUUAUAAUCAUAGAGAGAGGCAUGCAUGAUCCAAUGUUUUUCAAAUGUUAGAGCUGGUCUCUAUUGUAUUAAAUAAAAUAUAUUGAAGAAAGCUACAAUAUAA